AUGAUUCGACCACACGCCGACCACUUCUAUUACGAACCUUCGGAAUUUGAGGUGAUGAAAAAAACCGUUGUUUCCCUCAAAUCCCACGGAGCUGAUGGUUUCGUAUUCGGGAUUUUGAAGCGAUGCUCGGAGAACGCGCGUGAUCCAACCAACUCUUGGAUCGAUGUACCGCGUAAUAAGGAGCUUGUCCAAAUAGCCGGACGACCCUGCACAUUUCAUCGUGCGUUUGAUACCAUUCCCGAGUCCUCCUGGGAGAACGCGUUGACCGACAUCAUGAACUGUGGCUUUGCCUCGAUUUUGACCAAUGGCGGGCCUUCAGGGACAAAGGCCACGGACUGUGUGGACAAGCUGCAAAGGCUGGUGCGUUGGAAGGAGGCACAACAACACUCUCAGGACAAUUCUCAGAGCAUCAAAGUUCCAGAAAUCAUUGUUGGGGGUGGAGUGAGGACAUCCAAUCUCGGCUUGCUUUAUCGGAGCACGGGCGCGUCCGCUUUCCAUUCCGCUGCCCUGGUGGGUUCGGAUGAAACUGCAUGUGAACACGAGAUUUUCCAAAUGAAACUUCAGAUAUCAUGA